AUGAGAUUAUCAUAUUUUCAAAAUUCCUUAACAAUGAUUACAUUGAUUCUAUUAAUAUUAGCAGGACUUGCUCAAACACUUCCAAUACCAACUACUGUGAUUCAAGACUAUAAAAUCAUAUGUAAUUCUGCAAAUAAUACAUUAAUUUAUCAACAUAUUAAUGGUACAAUGCCAGAUUCAAAUGAUCCAUUAUAUCCACCAAUUGGAUCAUGUGCUGUGAAAUCACUUGUUAUAAAAAAAGAUACUCCAAAGACAAAAGCUAAAUAUAAAGAGGAUGAAGCACGACAGAGACAUCUUCUCUAUAUAGUGCUAAUAUUUGUGUUUUUGUUUGUUUAUAUUUUUUUCAGUGUUCAUGGUGUUCGUCGUUUACCUAAAAAAAGAGAAGAAUAUGAAAAUUGUGCAAAUUCUAUAAAAGCUGAUGGUGAACUUAAACAACAGAUUAUUUCUACACCAAAUGGGAAUAGUUCAUUCACAAGAGAAAAAUAUAUAGAAGUGAAAAAUCCAAGGAAAAUUGUUACAAGAUCAGAUAUUGAUAAUUAUGAAUUUAAUGAAGAAAGAUUAAAAGAAGCUGGGAAAGCUUUUAAUUUACCUUCAGAAGGACAAUAUAUCUUUGUAUCAUAUAGAGAUUUAAAAUCUACAGAUUUGAAGAAGUUAGAAAUAUCCCAAGAAGAAAAAUCAUGUUUACUUUGUCUUGAUGAAUAUUUGGAGACAGAUUUUGUUGUUGUAUUACCAUGUAAACAUUUAUGUCAUUAUGUAUGUUUAGAUAAUGUUGGAACUAAAGAAGAAGCUGAAACAGAUCAAAGCUCUGAAGAUAAGGAUUCAAUUUGUCAAACAUCUAUAACGAGAUGUCCAUCAUGUGAAUUGAAUUUGGUAAGACAUUGUGAAUAUUAUAAACAGAAAAAAUUGAGUCAAAGGAAAGUUCCAUUUGAUAAUGAGCAUUAA